AUGCAAACGGCAAGGAUCCGAGAGGAAUUGGAUGGUCAUGAGUUUGUCUUCAUCGAUGGCAUGGUUUCAACGGAGCCAAUCGCAGGUGCCACUGCCUUGGCAGAGGAAUGCUACGGUUAUCUCCCAAGCAGAGUUGACCCGAGUCAGUGCUAUGACAUGGUGGCAGGCUUGGUGCAAUAUGUCCAAAGCCAAGGACCUUUCGACGGAGUAAUGGGGUUUUCUGAAGGGGGGAUUGUGGCUGCUAUGCUACUUGUGGAAGAUGCCAGAUAUCCUUUCGCAGGAUUCAAAUGCGGAAUCUUCUUUAGUGCAGCACUGCCCCUGGACCCGGAUGUUGUUCGCACUGGUAUCGUUCGAUGUAUUGACCCAGUUGCCGACGGUGUCCUUCUCCACAUACCCACUACGGUGGUAAUCGAGGAGAAUUUGGUUCGUCUACGGGAUCGUUCACCACUGGCCCCAUUGUGGCUUCAGGAAGACGCCCAGGAAGCACUUAUCCAAAUUUGUGAUGAGGCUUCGCGCGAAGUGGUCCGGCAUAAUCUAGGGCACCAUGUCCCUGGGUCGAAAUCGGUGGAGAAACUCGCGGAGACGUUACAGGCGAUUGAAAGGACAAUUGAGAGAGCUGGCGAUAUAUUCAGUUAA